AUGCAUAUGCAGGAUAGGAACUUUGAUGACAUUGGAUACAACUUUCUUAUUGGGGGAGAUUGCACAGUGUAUGAGGGCCGUGGCUGGGGUGUUAUGGGCACACAUACCAAGGGCAACAACCACAACUCUUUUGCCAUUGCCUUCAUGGGCAACUUCAACAAUGAGAGCCCCAGUCCAGCAGCCAAGUCAUCUGUUAAACAUCUCCUGCAGUGUGGGGUUUCCCAGGGACAUUUUCACCCUGUAUUUAUCCUACUUGGGCACAGAGACUUGAGGGACACCGAAUGUCCUGGGGAGAGACUAUAUGCUGCUAAAACAUCUCAAAUUUCCCUGAACAUAACAUCAUCCACAGACUCAAUUGCUACUGGUUCGAAAGACAGAGAGAAUUGGCUGGUGGAAGAGAUUACCCAGAACAUCGUAGCCAUGGCCGAUACGAGCAGGGUUACCUAAACUCGGUCCUGAAAAUUGAUGUGGCAAUUGAUGUGCAAACAGAUUCUGAAAAAUAGAUAACGUUUAUUCACAUAAAAAUGUCCACAUACCAUUAUAUUCCUUUUUCUAUGAGUGUGCGGCUAUAACGUUUUCUAGGAAAUAAGAACUAAUAGAGUAAAUACAAAAAAAAUAUGCUGCUGAACAAAUACUAACUAUUGACAGAAAUCUGGAUGGGACUUCAGUUUGGGGUGGCCAAAAUAUUAUAUUGUCCUGACUUGCUGUGUUGUGCUGGAUGAGUUUAAGCUUUUGGAAUUUAAUUGAAAUGGCUUCGCAAAUCACACACACACAAAAAAACAUAAUUUGUCAAAGGGAGAAAAGCUACCUGUAAAUGUUUCAACAUUGUAAGAGAUGUUUAAAGGCACAACAUUCCAAACAAGUGUACGCUUGUAUUGCAUGGUGUAGGAUUAAGGGGGAGAAAAGAGAGGAAAAUAUGAAACAUAAAUGCAGCUUCAUGUUGUACGCCUUGACGUUACAACAAUUCUUACUUGUCAACUGUUGUGCGGGAAGCCGCAUGCCCUGCAGGCAGACGUCUAGGCGUCACAAGCUGCCCCCGCCUAUGUCUCUUUUAAAUUCUCUGUUUGUUUACUUACCUUAAGAGUUUACCUCCUCCUGAAUUACUUACCUUCACCUAAUUCGUCUUUGAUUGGCUGUUUGCUAGGUUAUUGUGUAAACAAAUGGAAAGGAGUAGAGAGAGGCAGUACCAAAGGGCGAGACUCGGGUGAGAGGUUUGAGUGUCACACUCCUCUGAAGUGUUAUAAUUGAACCUGUGAGUUCAUCGAUCAGUCAGUGAAGUUGGCAGCGCACGAGGGGCGCAUUUUGUCUUUCGCACCCUAAUACGUUGUGCGUCUAAUUUCGUGGAUUUAGACGUUCCUUCUCUUCAGACUGCCGGACACCGUGGGAACUGGGUGAUGUUGAAUAUGGAGGAUUUGAAAGCCCCUCUCAGAUUUUUCAACAAGUCUUCAUUCAGCAUGAGCAGCCUGCUGUUUCGACGAGAGGGAGUGAAGAGUGACGACGGCGCCGCACUGGAUGGGAUCCUUUCCGGAUGCUCCAAGCCCCUUUCCAGAAAG